CAAACUUCAGCUUCGUAUCCAAACCAACCAGGCUCGGUUGGCUUGUUCUAUAUAUACCUCUACCUCCUUCGGUGUUUCAGGUGUGUGUAAGAGAUAUUUCCCAGUAUUUUCUUUCGAGACUUCUAAGAGACGAGACAACCCAUUGGCAGAAGGAUGGCGCUGGUUUCAGGAAGUUCAACAUUGAAUCCUAAUGCUCCUCUCUUUGUUCCUGCUGCAUUCCGUCAAGUGGAGGAUUUCUCCCCUGAGUGGUGGCAACUGAUUACAACCUCAACAUGGUACCACGACUACUGGCUUAACCAACAUCAGGGUGAGGAUGGCUUCUAUGACAAUGCGGAUGAUGACUUUGAUACCAGUGAUGUAGCUGCUUUGCUGCCCGACACAUUUGAUAUUGAUGUUAGCGAAGAUUUCCCCGUUUUCAAAGUUCAGUUUGAAGAUCUCACUUAUGAAGCUGAAGUAGAGAGCAAGUCAUCCCCUUUGAAUGGCACUGAUGCUGAGGUACCCAAUGAAGGAUCCAAGUUUGUUAAAACCUCUGGAUGAAAGAGGCCAACAACAGUCUAGAUCAGGAAUCUACUUGGCCUGGCGGGAAAGCUUGGUCAUUAACUUCAAGUUGCAGUUAGUCCAGCACUAUAGGAUUGUGUAGUUUCUGUAAUUUCGGUGUAGAGCAGAGUAAGGUUGCAACUCUUGUACGUGUUUCCUAUUGGGUUACUGUAGACAACAAAAGUGUAAAAAUGAAAAAUGAAAAAUGUUAGUAUGAAAAAGAAGUUCUAUAUUUCCUCAUUGUGCUUCAUUAUUCAUUAAAA